AUGCCUCUGAACUUAGGAGACACUUUCCCUAACUUUGACGCUGAUGCGUUGGGGAUUGAAAAGUUCAAUCUCUACGACUAUUUGGGCGACAGCUGGGGCAUUAUGUUCAGCCACCCCAAUGACUUCACCCCCGUCUGCACGACGGAGCUCGCAGAGGCCGCCAGGCUUUACAAAAACUUCAGGGACAAAAACUGCAAACUUGUCGGCUUCUCGUGUAAUGAUAUGAACAGCCAUAAGGAGUGGGCUAAGGACAUCAUGUCGUAUGGGGGAUCCUGUGGGGAUUUGCCAUACCCAUUAGUUUGUGAUCCAGAUCGCAAGCUGGCAUCCUCCUUGGGUAUCAUGGAUCCAGCAGAAAAGGAUAAGGCAGGGUUGCCACUGACUUGCCGCUCCGUGUUUUUUAUCAACCCGCAAAAGAAGCUGGCAGCCUCUAUCCUCUACCCGGCAACUACAGGCAGGAGCUUCAAGGAGAUCCUCAGAGUCCUGGAUUCCCUGCAGCUGACUGAGAAGUAUCCCGUCGCAACCCCUGUCGAGUGGAUCCCGGGAGGCACUUGCUGCGUUGUGCCAACCCUGUCGGAGGAGGAGGCGAAGACUAAGCUCCCGAAGGGCCACCAGGUGCAAAAUUUGCCGUCAGGCAAGGCAUACCUGAGGCUCACCCCAGACCCGUCGAGCUAG